AUGAUGAGAAAGGAAGAUAAUGCUGAAGACUCGGGCAAAGGAGUGCAGACUUCAACAAUUUUCAAGAUUGGAGCUUCGGAUUCAACAGGAUUACAGAUUACUUCCUGUCUUCUUAAUGGAGAUAAUUAUUUGACGUGGUCAAGAGCGAUGAGGAUUGCGCUCACGGCCAAAGGGAAGUUAGGGUUCGUGGAGGGCAGAGUCCCGAAACCACCAGCAGGGGACCCGAACCUGGAGAGUUGGGAGAUGUGCAACUCCCUCGUGUUGGCAUGGAUAUUCAAUGGGUUGGAGAAAGAACUUCAGCCGAGUGCCACCUACGCCACUGAAGCGAAGACCCUUUGGGAUGAUCUCAAGGAAAGAUAUUCCCAAGGGAAUGAAAUGAGGAUUUACCAAUUGAAGUCGGAUAUCAGUAUUUACAGGCAGGAAGGCAAAACGAUUCAGAAAUACUAUUCAGGCAUCAAGACGCUAUGGGAUGAGCUCGAGAAUUAUCUCGAGUCACUGGGAUGCUCGUGCGAUGCAGCAGCCCGUUACACAGCCCAGAGAGAAAAGGAGAAAAUUUACCAAUUCUUGAUGGGGUUGGACGAGCAAUUUCGAGGGGUACGGUCUGACAUUCUCCGAGCCGAACCCUUACCUUCGAUGAGCCGAAUCUAUCAGAUGGUCUCGGAAGAGGAGAAGCAACACACUGUGGCGCGUUCCAGGGAGGUUGCACGCAUGCCCGAAGGAGGAGCUGAAUUGGGGGCUUUCGCUGCUAGAACCGGAAGCGAGAACAGGCAAGGGCAGAGAUGGACCACGGAAGGGAGACCGAUUUGCGACCACUGUGGCCGAGCAGGGCAUGUCAAAAGCUCCUGUUGGGUCCUCCAUGGGCAACCUGCGGAUGGGAAUAAUAGAGGGAAAGGGAAGAAAUUGGGAGGUCAAGGAAAGCAAAUCACAGGACAGUGGAAGGGAUCGGGCCAGUGGAAUGGAGGGAAGAUGGCAAUGGCCAACGCUGCACAAGAGGCAGUGGUGCCGAGCGGCUCUUCGGGACAAACCAAGCAAUUUUCGGGCGGCUCCUCUGGACAAAACAGACAAUUUUCUGGUCUGUCCAAUGCUGUACAUGAAGGAAGGGUUUCAAACAGUGCAGGGAACAUAUUAUCGGGCUUAUCCAAUACACAGUAUGAGACUCUACUGAGUAUCAUUGCAGCCCACGAAGGACGAAGCGAACCACUUGUCGGUAAUAUUGAUUUCAUUUCUGUUGAGAAUACUAAUUGGAUAAUUGAUACUGGUGCAUCGAGGCAUAUGACGGGUUGUGUGGAUUGUUUGGAUGAUUUGAGAUCGAUUGAUGAUAAAAUUCCUAUUUAUAUUCCCAACGGGAAUUCCACUCGAGCAACAAAUAUUGGACCGCAUAUCGAAGAGAUAGUUGGACUGGGUGAGCUCCGAAGGGGGGUAUACUACUUGCGAUGGGUGGCAUCUUCGACUUUGGCAUGUCAGGCACUAAGAAUAGGCUCGGGAGAUAUCUGGCACAAACGUCUUGGGCAUCCAUCCAGUGGUAUUAGAAUAAAAGAGAUUGAUUUCGAUUCUAGUUGCAUGAGAAAUAAGAAUUGUGAUUCGGGCAUUAUGGUUAUAUCUGUUGAGAGACAAAUCGGAGGCAAAGGAAAGUUUGAUGGGUUUUUGAUUUCUUCUUUCGAAAUGGGAUUAUACAUCAGACGACCUGCAUCUCUUCCAACACGAUUCUGGGGAGAGAGUGUUGCGACAGCGGCAUACCUGAUUAAUAUGAUGCUGACACCGGUGCUAGGAGGUUACCCUCAUGGGAAGAGAGGAUGGCAGAUGUUCGACUUGGAGAAAGAAGAUUUUUUUGUUUCGAGGGAUGUUCGGUUUUGUGAAAGUGAAUUUCCUUUUGAGAAAAUUGGCCGUCCUACGAUGAGCACCGGAAAUCCUUUAUUUAUCGAUCAAAUGUGGAAUGAAGAAAACAUUAAAGCUGAGGGGGAGUCAGAUGAAGUUCGGGACGGUGGUGGACACACCCGACGGAAUUGGACGGAGCUAUCGUUUGGAGACAAAGAAGGGGCCCGUGACAGAAUGUCCAGCCCACGAAUAAAUGAACAGAGUGGGCCAGUAAAGGAAAUGGAGGAUGGCUCGCCAUUGAACGGGCCCACAGAAGCUCGAGUAAUGCAGCCCAGUUUGUGGCCCAAUAAGCCUUGGGACAUUCUGGACACCAUGGAUCUGCCCAGCCCAGGCUGA